GCUGCCGCCCCGCCCCGCCCCGUCCGGGACCGCCGGUCUCCGGAGCUGGCCAGGAUGGCACAGUGGAACCAGUUGCAGCAGCUCGACACGCGGUACCUGGAGCAGCUCCACCAGCUCUACAGCGACAGCUUUCCCAUGGAGCUCCGUCAGUUCCUGGCCCCAUGGAUUGAGAGCCAGGACUGGGCGUACGCUGCCAGCAAGGAGUCACACGCCACGCUGGUGUUCCACAACCUGCUGGGGGAGAUCGACCAGCAGUACAGCCGCUUCCUGCAGGAGUCCAACGUCUUGUACCAGCACAACCUGCGGCGCAUCAAGCAGUUCCUACAGAGCAGAUACUUGGAGAAGCCAAUGGAAAUAGCGCGCAUUGUGGCUCGCUGCCUGUGGGAAGAGUCCCGGCUACUGCAGACAGCUGCCACUGCAGCCCAGCAAGGGGGACAGGCAACACAUCCUACAGCAGCUGUAGUGACGGAAAAGCAACAGAUGCUGGAGCAGCAUCUGCAGGAUGUGAGGAAGAGGGUGCAGGAUCUGGAGCAGAAGAUGAAAGUGGUGGAGAAUCUCCAGGAUGACUUUGAUUUUAACUACAAGACUUUGAAAAGCCAAGGAGACAUGCAGGAUCUGAAUGGAAACAAUCAGUCAGUGACCCGGCAGAAAAUGCAGCAGCUGGAACAGAUGCUCACAGCGCUGGACCAAAUGCGAAGGGGUAUUGUAAGUGAGCUGGCUGGACUGUUGUCAGCCAUGGAGUACGUGCAGAAGAUGCUGGCAGAUGAGGAACUGGCAGACUGGAAGAGGCGGCAGCAGAUCGCCUGCAUUGGCGGCCCACCAAAUAUCUGCUUAGACCGGCUCGAGAACUGGAUAACCUCUCUUGCUGAAUCACAGCUACAGACCCGGCAGCAGAUCAAGAAGUUGGAAGAACUUCAACAGAAAGUGUCCUACAAGGGUGACCCGAUUGUCCAACACCGGCCCAUGCUGGAGGAGCGGAUUGUGGAGCUGUUCAGGAACCUGAUGAAAAGUGCUUUCGUUGUGGAGAGGCAACCCUGCAUGCCCAUGCACCCUGACCGGCCCCUGGUCAUCAAAACUGGUGUGCAGUUCACCACCAAAGUCAGGUUGUUGGUCAAGUUUCCAGAGCUGAACUAUCAGCUGAAAAUUAAAGUCUGCAUUGACAAGGACUCUGGGGAUGUUGCAGCACUUCGGGGGUCCCGGAAGUUUAACAUCCUGGGAACAAAUACCAAAGUCAUGAACAUGGAGGAGUCAAACAAUGGCAGCCUCUCAGCAGAGUUCAAGCACUUGACCCUGCGGGAGCAACGGUGUGGUAACGGAGGCAGAGCCAAUUGCGAUGCCUCGCUGAUAGUCACUGAGGAGCUGCACCUCAUCACCUUUGAGACAGAGGUGUAUCACCAGGGGCUGAAAAUCGACCUGGAGACCCACUCGCUGCCUGUGGUGGUCAUCUCCAACAUCUGCCAAAUGCCCAAUGCCUGGGCGUCCAUCCUGUGGUACAACAUGCUGACUAACAACCCCAAGAACGUGAACUUCUUCACCAAGCCCCCCAUCGGGACCUGGGACCAGGUAGCAGAGGUGCUGAGCUGGCAGUUCUCCUCUACCACAAAGCGCGGCCUCAGCAUUGAGCAGCUGACAACGCUGGCAGAAAAACUUCUAGGGCCAGGUGUGAAUUACUCCGGCUGUCAGAUCACCUGGGCCAAGUUCUGCAAGGAGAACAUGGCUGGCAAAGGCUUCUCUUUCUGGGUCUGGCUGGACAACAUCAUUGACUUGGUGAAAAAGUACAUCCUGGCACUGUGGAACGAAGGGUACAUCAUGGGGUUCAUCAGCAAGGAGCGGGAGCGAGCCAUCCUGAGCACCAAGCCCCCGGGAACCUUCCUGCUGCGGUUCAGCGAGAGCAGCAAGGAAGGCGGCAUCACCUUCACAUGGGUGGAGAAGGACAUCAGCGGGAAGACCCAGAUCCAGUCUGUGGAGCCCUACACCAAGCAGCAGCUGAACAACAUGUCGUUUGCGGAGAUCAUCAUGGGCUACAAAAUCAUGGAUGCGACCAACAUCCUGGUGUCCCCCCUGGUGUACCUGUACCCAGACAUCCCCAAGGAGGAGGCGUUUGGGAAGUACUGCCGCUCUGAGAGCCAGGAGCACUCUGAAGCUACUGACUCAGGUGCUGCUCCGUAUCUGAAGACCAAGUUCAUCUGUGUCACCCCCACCUCCUUCAGCAACACCAUUGACCUGCCCAUGUCCCCGCGCACCCUGGACUCGCUCAUGCAGUUUGGCAACAGCAGCGAGGGAGCAGAGGCCAAUGCAGGAGGGCAGUUUGAGUCGCUGACCUUCGACAUGGAGCUGACCCCGGAGUGUGCUUCUUCACCGAUGUGAGGUGCUCCACCGAUGCUUGUGGGGUCCUCCCAGGACUUGGGCUUCCUGCCUCCAAAGAGCUCCCCCAGUCUCGCCCUGCUCGGUCACGGUUGUUUGGGGCCUUUCCUCGGGAGGAGCUGGGGGCCGGGGUCCUUGCCACCGAUUCCUUGUUUGACCCAAAUGAACACCCCCCUGUCCAGGGUGGUGCCGUUCGUCUUUUUGGGGGGAGGGGGGGAUGAACCUUUUUCUAUUUCCUUCCAUAACAGUUUUUUAUUAUUGUUUUGCUCAUUCAAGUGCCUAUUAGCCUCCGAUCGCAGCCUCAGUUUUUACAAACGCUUCUGCAGCCCCAGUUGUGCUGCCUGCUGUUGAAAGCUGCUUUCCUGACUGCCAGAGUCCAAAAGCCAGUGAAGCUCUUAUGAGCCUGGAUUUGCCUCCGGGCGCCUGAGAGGGGAUCGGCUGGCCCUGGCCUCCGCAGGGGUUACCUGACGUGCUGUGUGACAGGGGUCUGCAUUGCUGCUGCCCCAGCAGCCCUCCCAGAGCUUGCAGAGGGCUCUCCUCUCCGCACCGUUGGCCCUGCUUUUGGCCAGGAGGACCAGCACACGGCUCAGAGCUGCGAGGUGGAUGGGCCCAAGUGCUCCCACCUUGCAAGGGCGAUGCUUCUGCUGGGCUCAGCCUGGGCUUUGCUGGGAGCAGGGAGUUUCGGUGGCUGCCUGUGCUCGCCACUAACUUCCUGCUGCGUGCACAGAGAUCCGGCUGGCUCCAGCAGUCCCAGGGCUCCUGCUGGAACCACUGGCUUCCGUGCAGUGCAAAGGCUGUCCUGGGGCAGGGCAGUGACGUGUCCCAACACCAGUGCAUGCUUAUGAGCAUGCACUGCUCUGGUCUGUUCUGGGACCUGGGUAUAACCACAGAGGCUGCCCUGACCGUGGCUCACCCCAUGGCCCGGCUCGUGACAGGAGUGUGGCUGUGCCUCCCUCGCUGUGCAGCUAAACCAGUUGGACCCUGGGGGGAGGAUGGGAGGCUGCUGGAUCCAGCGUGACCUGCAGUGGAUGGCUUGGCCUGGCCCUUCUCCCUUGGGUAUGGCUUGUGAUGUCCCAGGCAGUGGGUUUGCAGCUUCUCGGGGGGCUUCACGUGGCAUUUUUGUUGGAGGUUGGCUGUUGCUGUUAAGGUAGGAGGUGGCAAGAGUUGAAGGGAGCAGGAUGUACGUAGGGAGAGGAAUCUGCUGUUGGCCAGUGCUCGAUGGAGGUGUGGGUGUUGCAAAGGGCAGGUUUCCUUGCUCUGGGGGUCGAGGAAAGGUGGAAGCUGUGCUGGCCGAUGGUUGUGGCUCUGAAUUUACCAAAAUGGGGGGAGCCCUCCUGCCCUUUCCAUGCAGUGGGUAUGCAGACAGUGAUGAGCAAGGAAGGGGGGGGAGAGGCAGCAGGAGAGCUGCUUGCGGCCACCCCCAACAUCUGGAAGCCCGUCAUGUUAAUGGGGCUGCAGCUGCCUGCAGUGGUGUGGCAUGAGGGGGUUAUGUACUGUCCUUGACUGGGCCCAGGGCUUCAGGGCAGGGCUGUAGGAGCUGUCGGCACUGAGGCUGUGGGUAACAUCAGUAGAGAAACAUCUUACUGGGCACCAGUCCCAGGCUUUACAGGUCUCCUAUGUGUCUUGAUUUGGCCCUGGGUGGAGACAAACCCUUGAUCAUCUGUACCAGUGGCGCUGCUGUGGCGCAGGGUGGACCUGUCGCAAGGCUCUGGCUUUUCUGCCCCGUAAAGACUGUGGGCUGUCCCCACAGCCCCCCAGCUGUGGGCUGUGCUGUCGGCAUCACAGCCGGAGGGCAGGGAGCCAGAGGGCAGG